AAUGACAGCAUUUCUGUGCAUUAUUUCUGUUUAGUUUUUGUUAAUGUGAAACGGAUGGAAUAUGGAAUUCGUGCAGCUUUGACUUCGUUUAAAUUGUAUUUCACAUAGUUUAAUUUUGCAAAUACUUCACUUUGUGUGCUGAUUUUUUCUUAAUUUAAUUGUGAAUUACAAACAUGGGUGAAAAAUCUACACCACUUUUAGCUGUACUGCAAUUGCUUCGGAAAUACAAUCUUAAAGGGACUGAAGAAAUAUUACGAAAGGAAGCAAGUUUAGGAGAUGUUGAAUAUGAAACGUUAAAUUUGCCCGAAGUUGAAAUAGCAAGCAUUCUCACUGCUCAUCAUACGGAAAGUGAUCCAUAUAGUUACGAGUUCUCGUAUGAAAGUCUUAAAAAAUUUAUUGAAAGCUCAUUGGAUGUUUACAAGUAUGAAUUGUCAACUCUUCUUUAUCCAGUAUUUGUGCACAUGUAUUUGCUCCUCAUCAUAUAUGAUCACAAUGAACAUGCCGCCAAGUUCUUGGAAAAGUUUGGACCAGAGCAGGAAGAUUUUUAUCAAGAUGAUUUAGCCAAGCUAUGUAUUGUUAAACACAAGGAUCAAAUCAAGUUCAAUGAAUUAGCUCAGAUUUAUAGCACUAACAAAUUUGAGGUGCAAUUGUCAAGAGAUGUGUCAUCACAGUUAAAAAGGUUUUUGCAAGAACAGAAAAGUUCAACUGUUAUUAUAAACAUAAUUAACAACCACAUUCAGAUAGAUGUUCAUGAUGGCCCCGGUAGGACUCAAGCACAAGUGAGAGCCACAGCGGGUGGUCUACUUGGGGAAGCCACAAGAAAUGAGAAUCGGGUAAAAGUUUAUUAUGGCCUGUUAAAAGAGCCAGAAAUUGAAGUAUUCCCGGUGCCAGCUGAAGAUGAAGAGGAAGCAGAAGAAACACCUGACAAACCAAAAAAGAAGAAAGCAAAGAAAGAGAAUAUGUACAUGAAAAAACCAAAAUCUGACCCAAAUGCUCCAUCAAUUGACCGAAUACCACUUCCAGAAUUAAAAGAGAGUGACAAGAUUGAGAAAGUGAAAGCAUUGCGUGCCAAGCGCGUGCCAUUAGGACCAGAUUGUCUACCAUCUAUAUGUUUCUACACACUCUUAAACAGUGGCUAUAGUGUUAUCUGCGCAGACAUAUGUGAUGAUUCCACUUUACUCGCUGUUGGUUGCAGCAAUUCAAUAAUAAAGGUUUGGACACUUACACCCGUUAGAUUGCGCGGGAUGAAAUCGGCUGAUAAGCUACAAGAUAUUGAUAAGGAAGCAGGGGAUGUUGCAGUUAGAAUGAUGGAGGAAAGAGAUAGAGACACAUGCAGGACACUCUAUGGUCACUCAGGACCUGUUUACAAAGUAGGCUUUGAUCUAUUCAAGACAAUGCUUGUAUCUUGCUCAGAAGAUAGUACAAUAAGACUGUGGUCAUUGCACGUGUGGUCGUGCCUUGUGGUAUACAGAGCUCAUACAUGGCCAGUUUGGGAUGUGAAGUGGUCACCCCAUGGCCACUACUUCGCUUCAUGCGGCCAUGACCGCUCGGCCAGACUGUGGGCGACAGACAGUUAUCAGCCGCUACGCUUAUUUACUGGUCAUUUUUCGGAUAUUGAUUGCGUACAAUUUCAUCCCAAUUCAAAUUAUAUAGCAACAGGUUCUAGUGACAGAACUGUGCGGAUGUGGGAUUGUCUCACGGGAAGUCAAGUCCGUGUCAUGAGUGGACAUAAGUCGACUGUUUUCACUCUCGCGUUCUCCGUGUGUGGGAGAUGGUUGGUGUCUGGGGGCACAGUAGGCGACAUGCUUGUGUGGGACAUAUCCAAUGGUUCCCUGACCGCAGCACUGCCCCCCGCACACACUGGACCUAUACACGCUCUGGCAUUCAGUCGCAAUGGAACUAUUUUAUCCUCAGGUUCCUUAGACUGUACCAUAAAGUUGUGGGACUUCACUCUGAUAACAGAUGAAACAGUAAAUGAAGAAUCUGGAAGUACUACAUCAGGGUCAAAGGAAGACAAAUAUUUGUUACGUUCAUUCGCAACAAAGAAUUCGCCAAUAAAAAGCUUACAUUUCACUCGACGCAACCUUUUGCUUGGAGUGGGCUCAUAUGAUGGUAGUUCAUAAGUUAUUGAUGACAUGAUGAUAAUUCAUUAUAAGUAAUAAAAAACGUUACAUAUACUCAUA